GUCCUGGUCUUCCUCGGAGCCACAGCAGGGGGCCCUGGCAGCUGCCGGCCCGUCUCCUUGAGAUGGGUCAAGCGCGGGUGGGGGCGGGAGGGCGAGAAGACCCGCUUCUCCCGGGGCUCCCUCAGCUCCCAGCCCGCAGCAGGUGCCUCGCACCCGCCCGCAAGCCCCCGGGGAUUGCCGCGGGCGCGGAGCCGGGAGACCCAGGUUGCAUGCCCUCCGGGACCUGGGGGUGCGCGCGGGGCGCGAGGGCGCACGCCCGGGACACUCGCGCGGAAAACGUCCCCGGGCUCGGGAGCGCUGCCCGACAGGUCUCGUCGGCGGGUCUCCCCGUUUGGGGGGUCGGGGGGACGGCGCCCGGCCGCCGCCCCCUGGGCUUUGGCCGCGGGUGCCGUGCCCGUCCCUCGCCCCUCCCUCCGCGCCACUCCCCCGCCUGCCGCCCGUCCCCGCCGCCCAGCGCCGGAGCUCGCGGGGACACAGGCGUCGGCGUGGCCAUGCGCCCCCCGCGCCGCCCCCCGCGCUCCAGCCGGCGCGGCCGCGGCGCUCGGGCUCUGCUGCCUCCUGCUGCUGCCCGGCCCGGGGCGCCCGUGCCCCGCGGGCUGCGCCUGCAGCGACCCGCACACAGUGGACUGUCGCGACCGCGGGCUGCCCAGCGUGCCCGACCCCUUCCCCCUGGACGUGCGCAAACUGCUGGUGGCCGGCAACCGCAUCCAGCGCAUCCCCGAGGACUUCUUCAUCUUCUACGGCGACCUGGUGUACUUGGACUUCAGGAACAACUCGCUGCGCUCGCUGGAGGAGGGCACGUUCAGCGGCUCGGCCAAGCUCGCCUUCCUCGACCUCAGCUACAACAACCUGACCCAGCUGGGGGCCGGCGCCUUCCGCUCGGCGGGGAGGCUGGUCCGCCUGAGCCUGGCCAACAACCGCCUGGCCGGCGUGCACGAGGACGCCUUCGAGACCCUCGAAUCGCUGCAGGUCCUGGAGCUCAAUGACAACAACCUGCGCAGCCUCAGCGUGGCCGCCCUGGCCGCGCUGCCCGCGCUGCGCACCCUGCGCCUGGACGGGAACCCUUGGCUCUGUGACUGCGACUUCGCCCACCUCUACACCUGGAUCCAGGAGAACGAGUCCAAGCUGCCCAAAGGCCUGGAAGAAAUCCAGUGCUCGCUGCCCAUGGAGAACAGGAGGGUGUUCCUGCAUGAGCUUUCCGAAGCCAGCUUCAGCGAGUGUAAGUUCAGCCUCUCUCUCACGGACCUGUUCAUCAUCAUCUUCUCAGGAGUGGCCGUGUCCAUUGCUGCCAUCAUCUCCAGCUUCUUCCUGGCCACCGUGGUGCAGUGCUUCCAGAGAUGCACCCCCAACAAGGACACUGAGGACGAUGAUGAGGAUGAGGAUGACUGAGCCACUCCUCCCAUUCUUCGUCUUCUAGUGCCCCUGUCGGGGGCUGCCUCCGAAAAGAGACGGAAAGGCUGAAAAAGAAAAAGGAAU